GGUGUUUUUUCAGUUCGUAUGGAUUGUCGGUAUAGUUUGUCAUUUUUGUCCACCAUGUUCGUACUGUUUGUAUGUCUAAAAAACACCCGGGUUGACUUUGGGAAGGAGCCCCUCUAUAUAGGGAUGGAGCCUCCAAAGUCAACCCGGGUGUUUUUUCAGUUCGUAUGGAUUGUCGGUAUAGUUUGUCAUUUUCGUCCACCAUGUUCAUACUGUUUGUAUGUCUAAAAAACACCCGGGUUGACUUUGGGAAGGAGCCCCUCUAUAUAGGGAUGGAGCCUCCAAAGUCAACCCGGGUGUUUUUUCAGUUCGUAUGGAUUGUCGGUAUAGUUUGUCAUUUUCGUCCACCAUGUUCAUACUGUUUGUAUGUCUAAAAAACACCCGGGUUGACUUUGGGAAGGAGCCCCUCUAUAUAGGGAUGGAGCCUCCAAAGUCAACCCGGUUGUUUUUUCUUUUUGUAUGGUUUGUAUUGUUUGUCGGUCUAGUUUGUAUUGUUUGUACAGUUCAUACGUUUGUAAUGUUUGUAUGUUUUGUCGCUCUAGUUUGUACUGUUCGUAUGUUUGUAUGGUUUGUACUGAUUGUAAAUCCAGUUUGUAUACUUUGUAAUUUUCCAUAAUACCCAAACUACCCCUGUCAUUAAUUAAAUAACUCUUCCCACUUUUUAACCAUCAGAUUGAUGUGUCCAGAUCUAAGGGCUGGGAAGGGCUUAGUCAAGUGACUAAGCCCCCUACACCGGAUCCGCACUCUCUCCUCCACGACUGACUUUUCAUUUUCCAAUUUCGAAUUUCCAGUUUUCCACAUCCCCCCUCACUCUGCUUUUCCCCACACCCCAGUCGUCUCAGUUUCUUCUCCUUACUCUGCAAGUUUUCUUCUCCUUUCUCUGCAAGUUUUCUUCUUCUUCACUGGUCAGUGGUCACUCAGAGAAAGCUAACAGUCGCGUUAUACCAGGACUUGCGUUGAUUUGAUUUCUUGCUUUCCCUCAGGUUUUCUCCACAAUCCCUGUGAUUGAUUUCGUAAACACUGCAACAAUGGCGACGCCGAAAGAGCACAUCGAGCAACUUCGUCGUCGGACGUUCUCUAUCGGAGAGGACGAGGAAAAUCCGUUGGCCGCCAUGCUCGAUCAAGCGGUCAAGUACCUCUCCGCUGAACUCUACGCUAAGGACGUCCACUUUCUGAUGGAGCUAAUUCAGAAUGCGGAAGAUAACGAGUACUCGGAGGGAGUUGGUCCUUCACUGGAGUUCGUCAUAACGUCGCGGGACAUCACCGGAACCGGAGCUCCGGCGACGCUGCUGGUGUUCAACAACGAGAAGGGAUUCUCGGCGAAGAAUAUCGAGUCCAUCUGCAGUGUGGGAAAUUCCACCAAGAAAGGAAACAGGAAACGCGGCUACAUUGGGGAGAAAGGAAUUGGGUUCAAGAGCGUGUUUUUGAUCACUUCUCGGCCUCACAUAUUCAGCAAUGGAUAUAAGAUUCGGUUCAAUGAGAAGCCACGCCCACCCUGCAAGCUUGGGUAUAUUGUUCCUGAGUGGGUUGAUGAUGACAAGCCUUCUGUUGCAGAUAUACAACAAGUGUAUGGUUCUUCCAGACUUCCCACCACUACAUUGGUACUGCCAUUGAAGCCUGACAAGGUGAAACCAGUGAAGGAGCAACUGUCAAGUGUUCAUCCUGAAGUCUUGCUGUUUCUCUCAAAGAUAAAGCACCUUUCUGUGAGGGAAGAGAAUGAAAAUCCCAAGCUCAACACGGUUUCUGCUAUUGCUAUUACUAAGGAGGUUGAUUACGUGUCUAGGAAGAACAUUGAUGCUGAGUCCUACACCCUUCAUCUUUCGGCUGAGAGUAACGGUGAAAGUGAUGAUGGCCAGUGCAGCUACUAUAUGUGGAAGCAGAGGUUUCCGGUGAAAAGAGAAAAUAUUGUUGAGCAGCGAAUGGAUGUGGAGGAAUGGCUGGUGACUUUAGCUUUCCCUUAUGGAGAGCGUCUUCACAGAGGAGGGCAUUCACCUGGAAUCUAUGCAUUUCUUCCUACGGAAAUGGUUACUAAUUUUCCCUUCAUCAUUCAAGCUGAUUUCAUUCUGUCGUCGUCCAGGGAAGCCGUGCUGCUUGAUAACAGAUGGAAUCAAGGGAUUCUCGGAUGUGUCCCGGCAGCAUUCGUUAAUGCAUUAGCUGCGUUGGUCAAAACCAGCGAAGAUGCUCCAAUUUCUAGUUUGCCUCCGAUGUUUCGGUUUUUGCCCGUCGAGACCUCUACUUAUCCCUUCCUAAAUGUUGUGAGGGAGUCUAUUCAAUUGAAGUUAGCUGAGGAGAGCAUUGUGCCGAGUGAAUCUUAUAAGGCUCAAAAGUACUUUCACAAGCCCCGUGAAGUUAGUCGGCUUUUGCCUGCUUUCUGGAACAUCCUGAAGAAGGCCAGGCAGGAAAACAUCAAUUUUCAGAAUCUUUCAUCCCACGGAUGCUAUAUCCUUGCUUCUUCAUUUGACCUGAGUAAGUAUGACAAGGUUCUCAAAUUCAUGGGUGUGGGAUUCGUGGUGGAUGAAUGGUAUACAAAGUGCAUCCAGGGCACUAAUCUCUUGACUGGAAUCUCAGAUGAUUUAUACAUAGAGCUUCUUCAUUUCAUCGCUGCUAAUUGGUCAACAAACUUGAGGAACGCAAAUUUGAGGGGUGUGCCCCUGCUGAGACAUGUUGCUACUAAUGGGGAUGUGGGUAUCUGCAGCAUCAAUGAAUCAGCCUACAAGAAAAGUGGGAGGGUGCUGUGUCGGUCAAAGGAAUCUGAAUAUGCAGCAUUGCUUAUUGAUUGGAAUAAAGAGUUUUGGCACAUAACACCUUUCUUUUUCUUUCCAAAAGCAACACAAGAUGCGCUCAGGUCAUCUGAAAGGAGGAACACUGUGCUAGAAUGGCUGAAAUCUGUAGCAGGGCUUCAUGAGUUGAACUUGUAUGGAUAUUCAAGUUCGCUUAGGGAUCAUUUAGCUACUGACCAGAAGCUUGCAGUGGCAUAUGCUCACUUGCUGUAUCGUUCACACUCUGCUGAAUAUCUGUCAGACCAGGAGGUGGAUAAUCUGUGUAAGGACAUGCCACUUGUUGAUAGCUACGGCAAUGUAAUAAAAGCUCGGGAUCAUGUAGUCCUCAUUCCUGGUAGUGAAAGUAGAUGGUUGGAUUUGAUUGGUUCAAAUCCAUGGAGACGAGAGGGUUUCAUUGAGUUAGGCGAAGAGUACUUACAGCAAGCACGUUUUUGUGGUCAGGCCUCCGGAGGCAAACCAUUAUUGGAGUUUCUUAAAACUCAUGUUGGAGCUUCUGAUAUUCCACAUUUAUCUCCUCCCAAUGCGGAGAUUCCUACAGUUUCAGGACCACUUACCAAGCGUAAUGCAAUUUGGUUGUUGUAUUGGAUUAAUCAUCUCAUAUCCAAUCGAAUACCAAUACCGGAUAAGUUAUUGACUUGCAUAAGCAAUGGUAGCUGGUUGAAGGUUACAAUGAAUGGGUCUUCUGGUUAUAAGCCACCAUCGCAGUCAUUCCUGCUUUCCUCGAAGAAGAAAAACUCUAAAUGGGGAAGCAUUUUACAGGAUGGAUCUGUGGUAGUUGAUAUUCCUCUAGUGGAUAUGAGUUAUUAUGGUGAAGAUAUUGUUAAGUACGAGGCGGCACUCAAAAUAAUUGGAGUGAUGUUUGAGUACGACCAAGCUUGUGAAUAUAUAGGUCGCCGCCUCAUGUCACAUGUUAAUUCCUCCACUUCGACAAAAAGCACCGUGUUUUCAAUACUUAAGUUCAUCAGAUUUCUAAGGGAAAAAUUCUUGGAUCCAGAUCAAUUUAUUUCAAGCAUAAAAGGAGGGAAGUGGUUACUGACGACAUCACAUGGUUACCAUUCUCCUGAUGAAUGUGUCCUGCGAAAGGGGCAGUGGACAAUUGCAGAUCAGAUCAGUGAACUUUACUGCAUAAGUGAUGCUUAUUAUGGGCUGGAAAUUUAUUCCUUCGAAAAAGAACUCGAGUGUCUUGGUGUGAAAGUUUGCUUGGCAGGUAGUCACGAUCUUAUCGUCCAGCACUUGAAAUCGAGUGCUUGCUUAUCUGGUGGUUUGACAAAAGAAGCUCUUAUCCUGAUUCUUGAAUGCAUGCGUAAAGCCAAGAAUGCUGCUUCCAAAGUUGCCACUAUACAGCAAGCUAGAUGUUUGAAGACCAAUGCUGGUUACAGGUCUCCUGGCGAAUGCUUCUUGUUCGACCUUGAAUGGGGCUGCCUUCUGGAGGUUUUUUGGGGUUCCUCCCCAAUCAUUGAUAGCAAGUUCUAUGGUGAUGGAAUCAUCGACUACAAGCCAGAACUGAAACAACUGGGGGUGAAGGUUGACUUCGAGGAUGCCUCCAAAGCUUUCGUGAGUAAUUUCAAUCAGCAGGCAUCUUUGUCAAAGAUCACAAAGGACCAUGUAAUUUCAUUUCUCUCCUGCUACAGACGUCUGAAGGCAAUCAAGCGACCUCUCUCUGAUAUCAAAACCUGCAUCCGAUCCCAGAAGUGGCUCCGGACAAGGCUUGGUGUUUAUAGAUCUCCAACAGAGUGUAUUCUGUUCGGCCCUGAAUGGGAAUCUCUCCUUGCAAUUACCCGCCUUCCUUUCCUCGAUGAUAGUUACAGCAAUAAUGGCUACGGAAAGAACAUUAUUGACGAGUAUGCUAAAGAGCUCAAGCUUAUGGGGGUGGUUGUUAGUUUGAAAGACGGGGCUAAGUUUGUUCCUUCCUGUCUUUAUUUCCCUGAGGAUCCAUCCACCAUCUCUCCCUCAAAUGUCCGUUCACUGUUAGAAUGCAUCAGGAUUUUACUGGAGGAGAGAGAAUAUUCAUUUCCCAAGUCUUUUAUUGACAAAGUUUCCGGAGAAUGGUUGAAAACUGUUUUUGGUUACAGGGCUCCAAAGCAUAGCUGCUUGUUUGAUUCCAGUUGGGAGACGAUGGGUCUGAAGCGGAGUGAUGGGCCUUUCAUCGACGAAUCCUUUUUCGGCCCCGAAAUUGCAUCAUACAAGGAAGAGCUGAGGAAGAUUGGAGUUUGCAUUGACCCAGAAGAGGUAUGCAAGGUACUUGCCAGACAACUUGGUGAGCACUCCGAAACAACUGCCAUAAUUCGGAUAUAUGAGUUCUUGAGACAACAGAAAUGGAAGCCCGCAAAUGAUCAAAGCGCAUGCAGAAUUUGGUUUCCUGGUAGUGGGAGUCGUUCGGGGGAGUGGGUAAAUCCAGAAGAUUGCGUGCUGCAUGAUAAAGAUGGACUCUUUGGUUCCCAAUUAUAUGUUUUGGAGAAACACUACAACUGCAGAUUGCUGGAUUUCAUAAAUGAAACAUUUGGUGUUAAAAGUAAUCCGUCGCUUACUGAUUACUGCGAGCUUUGGCAGACAUGGGAAACAUCACUUCAUAGUUUGACGCAUUCGGAGUGCUGUGCAUUCUGGCGUUUUGCUGUUAUGAAGUGCCUUAGCUCAAAGAAAGAAGAAAUUCUCGCUGGAGAGGUGUCGAAGUUGCCAGUCGUAUCUGGAGGACAAAUUCUGAUGUCGGACAAGCGCGACGUUUUCAUUGCGGAUGACCUUCAAUUGAAGGAACUCUUCUCAGAACACUCGAUAUUUGCCUGGUAUCCUCAACCAAGUUCUCCGUAUUUGCCUCGGACAAAAUUGAUGGAAGUUUACAGGGGGAUCGGAGUUCGUGGCAUUUCCGAGUCUGUGCAGAAAGAAGAAGAGAACACCAUAGCAGCCACAGCAGCCAACGAGUGUAAACAGCUGAGUAUCUUGACAUGGAAGUAUUUAGCCAAGAUCAUACUUGGCUUUCUAGCUCAUCCAUCUCUCGACAUGGAAGCGAAGAUGAGGCAUGAAAAAGUGAAGAUCCUCCUUAAUCUCACUGUCCUGGAGACAGUGGAGCCUUUGACCGUCACCUACAGCCUGACUUUAUCUUCAGGGGAAGUCAUCAGAGUGAAAUCAACCCAAAUGAUCCGCUGGGAUAAGGACGAGGGCAAGUUGUACACACAGAGGCUAGAGGAGAGCAAUAGCAGCGGAAGAAAUAUUCUUGAGUAUGCCUGCCGUUUCUCUGAAGUAAUCGCAAAGGGAGUCCUUUGGGAGCAGAAAGAGGAACAAGUUACUGCUCUCUCUGCGAUAAUCAAGCUGGCUGUUCUCGUCAAAUUCGAAGGAGCAGCCGUUGACUUCCUGAUGAAGACCAAUAAUCUGCAGAUCUUCAUGGAAGAUGAGGAGUUCCUCUCCUCUGCGUUUCCUUCUUCGACUUAGGUACGCCGCCACUUGAACUCUGAAUAGAUCGAAAGAAAUCGUUGCCACUGAUAUAAUUUCUGCUCAAUGUGUUUGAUUUUGUUAGCUGAUAAUGAUGCAAUUGUGUCUGUCUAUCCGUUCUGUAUGCAGCAGGUUAAGCAGGAAGACGGAGCGAUGAGGCUCGAGUAUGCAGUAUAGCUUCAGAAAUCAGACUAAGCAAAACUUACAGCCGCUCUGUGACUAUUUGCAGCGGCGAUGUGUUUGGCUGGCAGCCUUUCUGUUUAUUUAACCAGUUCCAGGUUUUCUUUGAUGUAAAGUCUGUAUUGGAAAAGAGGACCAGUUGGGGAGUGCAUAGUUGGUUAAUUUCUUUUUUAAUUUUCUUCAUCAUCCCAAAAAAUGAGAGCUGUUUUGGUCAUUUUGGUUUGAUUAUGCUUGUUGCCACUGGUUUUUAACUGCCCACGCACUCAAAACCUUCUGUGCAUCGUGCUUGUUGCAAAGUGUAACCAGAAGUUCACUUGGUUUUCACUUCUCUGCUGUGGGUGAACAUUUUGUUGAAGAAAAUGCCACUUGGCAG